GAUGGCGAAGGUGUCGGAGAUGUACGACGUGACUUGGGAAGAUAUGCGUGAUAAAAUGAGGAAAUGGAGGGAAGAAAACUACCGAAACAGUGAACAGAUAGUGGAUGUUGGAGAAGAGUUAAUUAAUGAGUAUGCAUCUAAACUCGGAGAUGACAUAGCUAGACCAUUAUAUUUGUAUUUUAUUUGGAUAAUAUAUGAACAGGUGAUGAUUGCUGCCCUGGACUGCAGUCGAGAUGAUUUGGCAUUGUUUUGUCUUCAGGAGCUAAGGCGGCAGUUUCCUGGGAGCCACAGAGUUAAACGAUUAACUGGAAUGAGAUUUGAAGCUAUGGAGAGGUAUGAUGAUGCUAUCCAGUUAUAUGAUAGAAUUUUACAAGAAGAUUCAACUAACACAGCAGCAAGAAAGCGUAAGAUUGCCAUUCGAAAAGCCCAGGGAAAAAAUCUUGAGGCCAUCCGAGAGCUGAAUGAGUAUCUGGAACAAUUUGUUGGAGACCAAGAAGCUUGGCAUGAACUUGCAGAACUUUACAUCAAUGAACAUGACUAUGCAAAGGCAGCCUUCUGCUUAGAGGAGCUUAUGAUGACUAAUCCACAUAACCACUUAUAUUGUCAGCAAUAUGCUGAAGUUAAAUACACUCAAGGGGGGCUUGAAAACCUUGAGCUAUCGAGAAAGUAUUUUGCACAAGCACUGAAGCUUAACAACAGAAAUAUGAGAGCUUUGUUUGGACUUUACAUGUCUGCCAGCCAUAUUGCUUCCAAUCCAAAAGCAAGUGCCAAAAUGAAAAAAGAUAAUAUGAAAUAUGCCAGCUGGGCAGCUAACCAAAUAAAUAGAGCAUACCAGUUUGCAGGUCGCAGUAAGAAAGAAACUAAAUACUCUUUGAAGGCAGUGGAAGACAUGUUGGAGACCCUGCAAAUCACUCAGUCUUAGGUUGGCCCAGAGAUCCAAUAUUAAAUUUUCCAAUUCUGUGAUGAACCUGUAAUGACUUAUGUGUUAUGUUACUCUAGUGCUGUUAAAAGUUAAUUUUGUAUUGAUUAACAUGCUAUCUAAAAUAAUGUUUUAUGAAAAGUAAAAUACCUAUUUAUUGCUGCUAUGAGAAAUGUGAUGAAUACCCACUGAAAUGAAUAACUUAUCCACAAAGACAACAUAAAGAAAUGACAUAUGCUGCACAUCAGUCUCUCUAGAUUUUUGUAUCUACAGUACCUGCUUUUAAGCCAUAAUUUGUAGAAAUAAACUUGUUAAAUGAUUU